CGCGAUCACAACUUUCACAACUCACAACUUCGACGUCUCCACUCUCCAAUGGGGGUCUACCACACUCAUCUAAACCUAUAAAAGAAGUGCCGAAAUUCAUCCCCACUUCCCCAAAUCUUCUUCCACCUCCUACACCUUUUCCUAAUCACUACACACAUUGCCUCUUUUGUUUCUCAAACAAUCCAAUCGCAAGAUGUAAAACAGAAGCAACAGCUUCCCUUAAAUCUCUCUGGCUUCUUGCUUCCAUACCAAGCUCUCUCCCCUCCCCUUCUGCACGAAAAUUGACUUGGUCGUUGUAAAAAACUAUAUUUUACAUAGACAUGGAUCCGUACGAUAGCGAUUACUGCGAUGAUGGCGACUAUUGCGAUGAGGACGAUUACUGUGACUUUGAUGACCAUGAUGAUUGUGAUCGUCGUGCAGAUGUUGCUUUAACGAGCCGCACUGGUUCGUCUUGUAAGGUUAUCACAAAAGAGUGUGUAUCGACUGCACAGAGGGAAGAUCUACAAAGAGUAAUGGACUUGUUAUCUUUAAGGGAACAUCAAGCAAGGACUCUACUUAUACAUCAUAGAUGGGAUGUUGAUAAAGUCUUUCAAGUGCUUGUAGAAAAUGGAAAAGAUAGGCUUUAUACUGAAGCAUGUGUAAUGGUACCCAAUGAUUCCAAUGUUUCUUCAAAGCAUCGAUCUUCCAUUGUACUUUGUGAAAUAUGCUUGGAGGAAGUCCCCUUCUAUAAAAUGACUACAAUGGAUUGUGGCCAUUAUUUUUGCAACACUUGUUGGACAGAGCAUUUUGUUGUGAAGAUAAACGAGGGGCAAAGUAGGCGAAUUAGUUGCAUGGCUUCUAGAUGCAGUGUGGUUUGUGAUGAGGAUAAAAUCAGAAAUUAUGUGAGCAAAAAGGAUCCUAAUUUGGCUGAAAAGUUUGAAAGAUACCUUUUGGAGUCAUAUAUUGAAGAUAACAAAAGGGUAAAAUGGUGUCCGAGUGUCCCACAUUGUGGAAAUGCCAUUCGUGUUGAAGAUGAUGAGUAUUGUGAGGUUGAAUGUGCUUGUGGUGUUCAGUUUUGUUUUAGUUGUUCUUCAGAAGCACAUUCUCCAUGUUCAUGUCAAAUGUGGGAACUUUGGUCAAAAAAAUGUCAAGAUGAGUCAGAGACAUGUAAUUGGAUCACAGUUAAUACAAAAACUUGUCCAAAAUGUCAUAAACCAGUUGAAAAAAAUGGUGGAUGCAACCUUGUUCGAUGUAUAUGUGGUCAACCAUUUUGUUGGUUAUGUGGUGGAGCAACGGGUAUACAACACACAUGGGAUAGUAUAGCUAACCACACAUGUGGAAGGUUCAAUGAAGAACAAAUAGCAAACACAAAACGUGCAAAAAUAGAAAUCGUGCGUUAUUCUCAUUAUCAUAGUCGAUUCAAAGCACAUACGGAUUCCUUAAAGGCUGAAAUCAUUAUGAAGGAAAAGUUAGAGAGGAAAAUAGUGAAAAUGGAAGCCAGGGAAUUGGAAAUAAAGGAUUAUGAUUGGGUGAGAAAUGGGGCUAAAAGGCUGUUUAGAUCAAGGCGGAUUCUUUCUUAUUCGUAUCCGUUUGCGUUUUACAUGUUUAGUGACAUGUUUCUUAGCGAUGAAAUGACAAAUUUGGAAAAGAAUAUUAAACAGAACUUGUUUGAAGAUCAGCAGCAGCAACUUGAAGGGCAUGUUGAGAAAUUAUCACAUUUUUUGGAACAAGAGUUUGAGGAGUUUUCCGAGGACAAAGUUAUGGAUUCGAGAAUGCGGAUUAUUGCGCUUUCCAAGGUUACUGAUGCCCUUUGCAAGAAUUUGUAUGACUGCAUUGACAAUGAGAUACUGCUUCAUCUGAGAACAACGAUCAACAUAGCGCCUUAUAGAUCGAUGGGUGCAGAUAAGGCUGUGGAGCUUGAUAAAUGACUUGAUAUUACUUCAUCCAAACUUUUUGUUCAUAACUACUUGGAAGCUAAUUUUAGGAGAAUAAGGUUAUAUUUUUUACAAGUUAUAUUCUUUAUCGCUCAUAUGAUCAUGACUGCAUACAGUUAUUUAAGAUGUUAUAUGGUUUUGAAUCUGGUUUUGCUUCAAUUAUAUAAGAUGAAUGAAGAUAGGGU